AUGUCCUGCACACCGAAAAAAACAGAAUGGCAUGCAGUUGCUUCAUGGACAUGGGAUGCUCAAGACGAGACAUGUGGGAUAUGUCGGAUGGCUUUUGAUGGUUGUUGUCCUGAUUGCAAACUCCCUGGAGAUGAUUGUCCUCUAAUUUGGGGAGCUUGCAACCACGCGUUUCAUCUUCACUGUAUAUUGAAAUGGGUGAAUUCGCAGACGAGUCAAGCUCAUUGCCCCAUGUGCCGAAGAGAAUGGCAGUUCAAAGAGUAA